CGAAGGGGGGAAAAGCGGAAAAAAAAAAAAAAGAAGAAGUAAAAAGAAAAGAGAAAAAGGAGAAAACCCGCAGCUACCUAAAAGAAUACUAAGAGGAGCGGGGCGAGGGCGGCGGAGGGAACCGCGGGAAGAAGGGGCAGGCUGUGCGCUCCCGAGGCCCGGCGAGGAGGAAGGAUGAUAAACGUGGUGGCCGUGUGGCUGGUAGCCCUUUGCUUCCAGGCUGCUGUCCCGCAAACUACAAAUCUGAACCUUCCUCCUGAAGAUCUUGAUUCAUCUGGUGAUGACAAUGAUGCAUUCUCAGGUUCAGGUGCAGGUCCCCUGACUGACCAGUCUCGCACCUGGAGAAUCCCAGGAGAACCGACUAAUUCCUCAUUACUGGCAACACCAAUGGAUUUCAACGAACAGGCAUUUCCCGGGACUGAGAGCCGAACUGAAAAGGAAGUAAUAUCUCCUUCUGCAACUAGUAAUGUAGUGACAGAGGAGCCAGUUGUAGCUGUGAAGGACGAAGUACCCAUUAUGGGCUCACCUGAUGAGAAACCAACAAAUGAUGCAGUUACAACAACAGUGAGAAGCCCCACUACUCACUUUCCUUCAGUGGUUCAUGUAACUCCUUCAGAAGCCUCAGGCACAGUCCAUGAGCUCAAACCUAAAAUCCCUAGCUCUGAUGUGCCAGACACUAAGGACGUGCCUGAGCCCCACUCUACCAUCCAUCAUGAGGGAGACAUCACUGCCACCCUCACGACGACAGCUCCAAAGGACAUUGUUCCUACACAUGAGGAGGUUUCUGAAGACGGCUCUGGAGACCCGGGAGACUUCAUCUUGACUAAAGAUGAGGAUUUGGUCCCCACCCAGAACUCAGAAGUGCCAGCUGACUCUGGGAGGAAUGCCAAAGCAGCAGGAGCCUCAGGAAUUAUGGACAGAAAAGAAGUUCUUGGAGGUGUUAUUGCUGGAGGAUUAGUAGGCUUGGUGUUUGCAGUGUUUCUAGUUGCAUUUAUGCUGUACAGAAUGAAGAAAAAAGACGAAGGCAGCUAUUCACUAGAUGAACCAAAACAGUCUAACGGAGGAUACCAAAAACCACACAAACAAGAAGAAUUCUAUGCAUAAACACUGAUCUUCAGGACACUUCUUACUCCAUCUUUCUUGGACUCUUCUCUCCCUGCACGUGGACCUCCUAGUGUGCUUUGCAUUAAACUUAAGCCAUAUGAUCAUUGGGUUAUUUGCCCUUACCACUUUGCCAUUGGAAAUUUUAUAACUACAAAGUAGAUCUGGAUUCAUGGAAGAUUCCCCGCUUUCUUGCACAACUUUAUUUUAUUUUUUUUAAACAGAAGUGGGACUACAAGUUCCUAAACUCACUUUGGUUUAUCUAAAGACUGCUGGGGCAGGCGGUGGGGAGAAGAUAAGGGAGCACUGUAUGUGUAAACCUCUUGAUAUUUAGGGAAAGGGCUAGCAAGAAUAAACAAUUAUCAGUGCUCGAAUUCUGUAUAGCAGGGAUCCUUCCUAUUUAACUCAUAGAUGUGUUUUAAGUGUAACAAAUGGCUGCACUGGGCAGACGUUUGGUACACUGCAAUCCUGUAGCUCUUUCUAACUGCCGUAUUUGGAGCACUUAAUGCCUAUGAAACAUCAAGCUCAACGUGGUUUCUAGUGAAGGGAGGUGUGAGGGGCAGGGUAAGCAAAUGACUGUCACGUGGUUUAAAAUAACUUAUAUUUUGGAAGCAUUAUCCCAUACUCAGAACCAGCUCCUAAGCAGUUGGUGCAUACACUAAUACAAAACAAACCCCAAAGACCCCAAAACUAAGUGGAGAGUUCAUUUUAGCAAUAGCGUUGGACUGUGCCACUACCCUCUUGCUCUUUCUAGGCUUAGGUAAGAGAUAGAGUUUUCUAAGCAGUCUCAUCUCAGACAUUCCCUCUUCUUAGGUGCUGAAUCUAGGCUGGACUGUCAUGCUGCAAAUACUCUUAUCCCAUGCUACUGUGUAGUCGCCAGGUGACUGAUGGCGUGUUGUAGCACCUACCUCUCUGUGCACUGUUUACAGUGGUUGUCUCGGAACGUGGUCUGCCGUCUAUGCCACAGAAUACCUUGGCACACAGGGGUGGAAGGUAGAAAGCAGCAUAUCAUGACUUCGCAGCUAAGGAGUAGAGAAGCAUAGCAUCUGAAACAAGCCUGUUGAAGGCUAAGUGUAGGUGGCCUUAAAUACAUACAACAGUUAGUGUGCUUGACUUGACUCCGGAACAGCUCUUCGGAAGCUGUUCCUGCACUUUGGAGAGAAGCAACUCCAGGGAUGUCAGACUAGUAAGGGCCGAAAAGCACCUCCUGAGGAAAGUCUGGAUGCCUGAAGCUGUUGGUGGUCAACGUGCUGUCAGAUGCGAGGCACUGAGGCCUCAUUGAGGGUCUGGAGUUCUCCAGAGUAUCUCAAACCGAGUGAGAAGAGAAGCGUGGUGUUCUGCACAAGCCUUACUUCUGCUCUGCCUUUGGUUAGCUUGUUGCAAGUUCAGUUCCUCAUCACUCAGUGCAGAAGGUAUGGGGUAGGUGGAGGAGUGUUUACAACUGAUGUAAAUAUUUGUACUGUUGAGCCAGAGGGAAUGAUUGGAGAAUAUUGGAGAAUAUUGCAACAGUUGGUACAAAUGUUGCACAUUAACAGUAAAACUUAAAAACCUGUGUAAUUUAAAUGAAGUAUAAAACACUCCUGAGCUGCUACGCAGCUAAAAUUGGUGCCUUCUCUGCAAACCCAAGAAAAAAACAAAACACUUCUUGAUUCCAAACUCUUCUUUUGUGCACAAGGAAAACUUGUGCAUACGUGUAGCUGGCUGUUUUAAAGUAAAGCUGCAAAGUCCAUUAUGUCUUUUUUUUUUUUUUUAACUGAAUUGAAUUUUUAUAGGUUAAUGCAAUGACCAGAUGGUGUUAAUUUCAGCUGUAAUUCUUUGCUUUGUAUAGGAAUGUAGAAAUGUUGUUCGAUAGGUUUAUCUAUGAAAAAGUUCUUGUAAAGCACAGGAAGAUAAAGUGGUAGACUUCAGUUGUACCUCACAACCUUGCUAGGGGGAAAGGAAAAAAACUGUAUAUUUUGGUAGUCUAAACUGACAGUUUGUGAAACAAACAUGACAUUCUGUGUUAUUUAAGUGGUACAAAUGAAAUACGAGUUCUAACAGAAGAUGCAACAUUUGGUUACCUGUAUGCCAUGUAAAAGUAUACUGCAAUAAAUGGCAUUUU